AUGGGGGGCAAGUCUGCUACCAAGGCCGCUUACUUCGAGAAGCUCAAGGCCCUUCUCGAUGAGUACAAGACGGUCUUCAUUGUCGGUGUCGACAAUGUCAGCUCUCAGCAGAUGCACGAGAUUCGUCUGAGUCUCCGUGGCGAGGGUGUCGUCCUGAUGGGUAAGAACACCAUGGUUCGCCGUGCCAUCAAGGGCUUCGUCAACGACAACCCCGAGUACGAGCGUCUGCUCCCCUUCGUUAAGGGUAACGUUGGUUUCAUCUUCACCAACGGUGACCUCAAGGCCACCAAGGAGAAGAUCCUGGCCAACCGUGUCGCUGCUCCCGCUCGUGCCGGUGCCAUCGCUCCUGGCGAUGUCUGGGUCCCCGCCGGUAACACCGGUAUGGAACCCGGUAAGACCUCUUUCUUCCAGGCUCUUGGUGUCCCCACCAAGAUUGCUCGUGGUACCAUUGAAAUUACCACCGACCUCAAGCUCGUUGAGGCUGGAAGCAAGGUCGGUCCCUCCGAGGCCACCCUGCUCAACAUGCUGAACAUCUCUCCCUUCACCUAUGGUAUGACCAUCCAGCAGGUCUACGACCAGGGUCAGUGCUUCAGCUCUGCUGUCCUGGACAUUGAGGAGUCUCAGCUCCUCGAGGCCUUCUCCAGCGCCAUUAACACCAUCACCACCAUCUCCCUGGCUGUCAGCUACCCCACUAUCCCCGCUGUCAUGCACUCCCUCGUCAACAGCUACAAGAAGGUUCUUGCCGUUGCUGUUGAGACCGAGUACAGCUGGCCCGAGAUUGAGGAGCUCAAGGACCGUAUUGCCAACCCUGACGCUUACGCCUCCGCUGCUCCUGCCGCUGCCGCUGCCCCUGCUGCCGGUGGUGCUCCCGCCGCUGAGGCUCCCAAGGAGGAAGAGGAGGAGUCCGAUGAGGACAUGGGCUUCGGCCUCUUCGACUAA